UUUUUUCUGUCACUGCAGUUAUAUUGACUAUCUGUUUCUGGGAGACUAUGUUGAUCGAGGACAGCACAGCUUGGAGACCAUCACUCUACUUCUGGCUCUAAAGAUUGAGUACCCUGAGAAUGUUCACUUAAUACGUGGGAACCAUGAAGCUGCUGACAUCAAUGCCCUUUUCGGCUUUCGCAUUGAAUGUAUUGAGAGAAUGGGAGAGAGCGACGGGAUUUGGGCUUGGACACGUUUCAAUCAAUUAUUUAAUCACCUUCCACUUGCUGCGCUUAUUGAGAAGAAAAUCAUAUGCAUGCAUGGUGGCAUUGGGAGGUCAAUAAAUUCAGUAGAACAGAUAGAGAAACUAGAGAGGCCCAUAACGAUGGACGCUGGGUCGAUUGUACUAAUGGAUUUGCUAUGGUCUGAUCCCACUGAAAAUGAUAGUGUAGAAGGUUUGAGACCAAAUGCUAGAGGACCUGGUCUUGUAACAUUUGGGCCUGAUCGGGUCACAGAAUUCUGUAAGAGGAACAAAUUGCAACUCAUCAUAAGAGCACACGAAUGUGUUAUGGAUGGAUUUGAACGGUUUGCCCAGGGACAGUUAAUCACUCUUUUUUCCGCAACCAAUUAUUGUGGGACUGCAAAUAAUGCUGGGGCAAUAUUGGUAGUUGGCAGAGGAUUGGUCAUUGUUCCAAAAUUAAUUCAUCCCUUGCCACCUCCUAUCCAGUCCCCAGAGACAUCUCCUGAACGUGUGACUGAGGAGAGUUGGAUGCAGGAGCUUAACAUUCAAAGACCCCCUACUCCUACAAGAGGCCGCCCACAACCUGACUUCGACCGAAAUUCACUUGCCUAUAUUUGAAGUCACUUGUCGAUUUCUUGAUAUCACAAUAUCAUUCAUGCCCGAAGUCCUAUAGGCCAGUUGACGUGCAUCACCAUCUGCUGUCAACAACCAUGUUGUAGUUAAUGGAUACAGUUAGAAAGUUCAAUUUUUAUUAGUGUCACAUUGAGUGGUAGGUAAGUUUAGCAAAUGGACUAGAGGGUAACAUCUUUUCAUUGUGUUGCUUUGUAGAUUUUGUACAAAGCCAGCCCGGUAUAAAUGGUUUUUUCUUAUGUGUUAUCAUAAUUACAGUAUAAUUUAUAGUUGUUACAGUUAGAACUGAUGUACAGGUGCGUGUAGCCGUUGGUUUAAUUUUUAUUUAUUUUUUAAUUAGAAUAAUUUUCAGGAAAAUUAUCUGCUGUUUUCA